CCCCGCCCCCCGCAGCAGGACCCGGCGCGGCUCAGCUGACGCCGCACUUCACGUGACGCCGGCGCGGGGCGAACAUGGCGGCCGCCACCGGACCUUCAUUUUGGCUGGGGAACGAAACCCUGAAGGUGCCCCUGGCGCUCUUUGGCCUGAACAGGCAGCGGCUCUGUGAGCGGCUGCGGAAGAACCCAGCUGUGCAGGCCGGCUCUGUGGUGCUGCUGCAGGGCGGGGAGGACACGCAGCGCUACUGCACCGACACUGGGGUCCUCUUCCGCCAGGAGUCUUUCUUUCACUGGGCGUUCGGCGUCACCGAUCCAGGCUGCUAUGGCACCAUCGAUGUCGGCACCGGGACGUCGACCCUGUUUGUGCCCAGGCUUCCUGCCAGCUACGCCACCUGGAUGGGAAAGAUCCACUCCAAGGAGUACUUCAAGGAGAAGUAUGCCGUGGAUGACGUCCAGUAUACAGACGAGAUCGCCAGUGUCCUGACAUCACAGAGCCCCUCUGUCCUCCUCACUUUGCGUGGCGUCAACACGGACAGCGGCAGUGUCUGUAGGGAGGCCUCCUUCGAAGGCAUUAGCAGGUUUAAUGUCAACAACACCAUUCUUCAUCCGGAAAUUGUGGAGUGCCGGGUCUUUAAGACGGACAUGGAGCUGGAGGUUUUGCGUUACACCAACAGAAUCUCCAGUGAGGCGCACCGGGAGGUAAUGAAGGCCGUAAAAGUGGGAAUGAAAGAAUAUGAGAUGGAAAGCCUCUUCGAGCACUACUGCUACUCCCGGGGGGGCAUGCGCCACAGCUCCUACACCUGCAUCUGUGGCAGUGGUGAGAAUUCAGCUGUGCUGCACUACGGACACGCCGGGGCCCCCAACGACCGGACCAUCCAGGAUGGAGACAUGUGCCUGUUCGACAUGGGUGGCGAGUAUUACUGCUUCUCUUCUGACAUCACGUGCUCGUUCCCGGCCAACGGCAAGUUCACCGCGGACCAGAAGGCCAUCUAUGAGGCGGUGCUGCGGAGCUGCCGUGCUGUCAUGAGCGCCAUGAAGCCGGGGGUCUGGUGGCCGGACAUGCACCGGCUGGCCGACCGCGUCCACCUGGAGGAGCUGGUCCGCAUCGGCAUCCUGAACGGGAGCAUCGACGCCAUGGUCCAGGCCCACCUGGGGGCCGUGUUCAUGCCUCACGGGCUCGGCCACUUCCUGGGCAUCGACGUGCACGACGUGGGAGGCUACCCCGAGGGCGUGGAGCGCAUCGACGAGCCCGGCCUGCGGAGCCUGCGCACGGCGCGACACCUGGAGCCGCGCAUGGUGCUCACGGUGGAGCCGGGCCUUUACUUCAUCGACCACCUGCUGGACGAGGCCUUGGCCGACCCGGCCCGCGCCUGCUUCUUCAACCGCGAGGUCCUGCAGCGCUUCCGUGGGUUUGGGGGGGUCCGCAUCGAGGAGGACGUCGUGGUGACAGACAGUGGCAUGGAACUGCUGACCUGUGUGCCCCGCACGGUGGAGGAGAUUGAGGCGUGCAUGGCAGGCCGCGACAAGGCCUUUACCCCCUUCUCCGGCCCAAAGUAGAGCCAGCUGGGGGUGCCCAGUGGGACGGGGGACCCAGCCCGGCACCUGUCCUCACGACGGGCAGCCUCCUGACGGCCCUCCAGCGGCCAGAGACGGGUGCUCAGAGAUCACACGGCCGUGUCCCCGAAUUGAUCACGCUGUUCCUGGGGCGCGUGUGGGGUGGCGGGCUCGCUCUUAACCUUCUGCGGGAUCACACCUUAAUCUGAUACUGAUGCUACUUUGCUUGAAUGACAAACGGUGGCUUUCAAAAAUGCUAAUGGAAAAUAAUUCUGCUCUUUAGCAGCAACUAAAAUGCGUCUUGCUGUCAUCUGUAUCCUUCUGCUCAGGGAAGAAAGAUCCAUUUCCAGCGUUUUCUCUCAAAUCAAUACACACAGUAGCAUUUGCAAUAAAAAGUUUCCAGAAACGGUC